CUCCCGCCUCCUGGCUCCUGCGCACCCUGAUUCUCCAUUUCUUGGCAAAACCACGCUUCCCGACCGAUUCCCGCCAGGCGGCCACAACCUCUGACAGUCUGAUGCCUUCCCCACCACCUGGUCUCCCCCGACGCGCUCUGCUGCCGCGUCUCCGCGUCGCCGCCGGGCCGGCCUCGCCGCGCCUCCUCCUCCUCCUCCUCCAGUCCAUGGCGCUCGUCCUCACCUCGGGCCUCUCCUCCUCCCACCCGGCCCUCGCUUCCCGCCUCCUCAACUCCCUCCUCCCGCACGUCCCGUGCCACCGCCUCCCCGCGCUCCUCCGCCUCCUCCCGCGCGACCACCUCACGCUCCUGCUCCUCUCCUCCACUAAGCACCGCCACGCGCGCUCCCUCCCCGCCGCCCGCGCGCUCCACGCCCUCGCCCUCGCCUCCGGCCACCUCCCCUCCGACCUCCGCCUCGCCAACUCCCUCCUCUCGCUCUACUUCUCCCUCGGCUCCCCGGCCUCCGCGCGGUGCCUCCUCGCCGACAUCCCCCGCCCCGACACCGUCACCUGGAACACCCUCCUCCGCGCCUGCCUCCGCAUGGGCCUCCUGCCCGCCGCGCGCCGCCUGUUCGACGAAAUGCCGGAGCGGGACCUCGUCUCGUACAAUUCCAUGCUGACUGGGUACGCCGCUGAGGGGGACAUGGUCGGCGCCCGGGAGCUCUUCGAUGAGAUGCCAGAGAGGGACGUGGUUACAUGGAACUCGAUGCUCGCUGGUUAUACUCGGCUUGGGGAUGUGGAGAGCGCCAAGAAGAUGUUCGAUGCAAUGCCAGUGAGGGAUGUUGUGUCGUGGAACUCGAUGCUGGAUGGGUACGCCCAGGCCGGGGACAUCAAGAUGGCGAGAAUGGUUUUUGAUGGCAUGCCAAGGAGGAGCAUUGUCUCGUGGAAUGUUGUUCUUGCAUUAUAUGCAAAGGUGAAAGACUGGCGCGAGUGCCUGAGGCUGUUUGAUGCGAUGAUGGCUGUGGGGGAAAGCAUUCCAAAUGAGAAGACAUUUGUCAGUGUGCUGACAGCCUGUGGUAAUUUGGGUGAUUUGGAGAGGGGGAAAUGGGUGCAUGGCUUGGUCCGCGAGAGGUGGGAGAAACUUGUGCCAGAUGUACUACUGUUUACUGCACUGCUGACAAUGUAUGCCAAGUGCGGGGUGAUGGGGACAGCCAAGGAGAUAUUUGAUUUGAUGAGUGAAAAGAGUAUUGCAUCCUGGAACUCAAUGAUCAUCGGGUAUGGAUUGCAUGGGCAGAGCGAGAAAGCCCUGGAGUUGUUCAUGGAGAUGGAGAAAAAUGGGCCUCAACCGAAUGAGACGACUUUCAUCUGCAUUUUGAGCGCGUGUGCUCAUGGAGGCCUGGUGCUUGAAGGCUGGUGGUGUUUUGAUAGGAUGGUCAGGUUCUACAAUUUUGAGCCCAAGGCUGAGCACUUUGGCUGUAUGAUGGACCUCCUUGGUCGUGCUGGACUGCUCAGAGAUUCAGAGAAGCUCAUCAAUAAUUUGCAGGUGAAGGUGUCACCUGCAUUAAGGGGCACUCUAAUAGCAGGCACUCGAACUCAGGACAGCUCCAAAUUUGGAGAGUUUGUUGGAAAGAAAUUGAUUGAAAUGAAGCCAACAGAGUUCAGCUCCUACGUGCUUCUGUCAAACAUUUAUGCUGCGGAAGGCAGAUGGGAUGAUGUUGAAAAAGUGAGGAAGGUGAUGAAGGAGAAGGUGGUGCAAAAAGAUGUAGGGAUGAGCCUUGUAGGAUCAAGUGAACCUCAUCCUGAUGCUGAAGAUGGCAUUUCGUUUCAACAGAAUUCUGUGAUGCUCUCGAUGUUGGGUGAGAUGGGUCUGCGUGUGAAACAACCAUCUGAGGUGUCAGACUAUCGGAGGGAAGCUUAUUAGUUAUUGUUUGACACUGCCAACUGAGUUUAUGCACUCUAUUUGCUAGGCAUAUUCGAGAAGACAAAUGCCUAGUGGGGAUGCUUACGUAUCAGCACCUCAUGGUUGCUGAUAGUUGCGCAGUUGUAGCAAAUAAGUGCUAAAAAAUAGUGCAACUUGGAGGGGUUUUGCUAGUGGAUUCCAGAGUCAUUUAAGGAUUCUAGGGAGGGCUUACCCAGACAUGGUGGAUUUACAGUUAAGGUGGACUUUAAACUUGAUGGUCGUGGUUGCCGUUGUGACCAUAUACUUCCAAUGUGAUGGUGCAAGACUUGUCUGUUGGGAUUAUCUAGCAGAAGAUCGACAACGCUGACAGGAAACACAUUGCAGCAGAUCAAUUUCGUUGAUUCAUGGGAGUAGCAGGCAAUGAUUUUUGUGCUUGGCAGGGCUCCACGGAAUCCAGUGUGUAAUGGAGCAGCGGGAACGCUCCCAAACAAGGGAGCCUUACCCCUCAUGUGUCCUCGGAGAUGAUUUGUCACCACUUUUAUCUUCAUCUUAUAGUUUACUGCCUGAAAAUCAACAGACUUUGUUUCCUCAUGUAGCCAAAUAUUUUCUUCACUAGGUAUGUAACUAUUGUGGUACAAUGCUUUGAAAGAUUACCAUUGAUGUGCUUUU